UCAGAAUGCGUAAAAACAUUAGAGCUGACUAAUUGCUGCGUCUGCAUUCAUGCUCUUGCUUUCGGCUGCAUAGUUCUAGGUUAUGUCCUGUUAAGUAAAAUCAACCUGAUUUAAAAUGCGCUGUGUGAUCUCACCGAGCCUGGGUACUCAGAAGGGCGCCGCCAUGUUGCUGUAUGAUGGGGUCCUAGCGUGACCUCCAGCACAAGAAGUGUAGUGGUGCCGGUGACAGAGCUGUGUGUACAGGGGACAGGUGUGAGCUGGGCUGCAGCACGUUACUGUACAGGUGUCAGCGCAGCCGUCUGCGUCUAUAUGUUCCCAGGUGCACUGACUGAGAGUAUUCAUUUAUGAUAUCCGAAGAAAAGUUCACGUUUUUAAGCGUUGUGGAGAACAAGCCUUCAGUGGAAAGAUGGGUGUGAUAGGUGUGCAGCUGGUCGUUACCAUGGUGAUGGCCAGCAUCCUGCAGAAGAUCCUACCACAUUAUUCCCUGGCUCGCUGGCUUCUCUGCAAUGGCAGCUUAUAUUGGUACCAGCAUCCAACAGAAGACGAGUUACGAACUCUUGCUGGGAAGCAACAAUUGAAAGGAAAGAGCAAAAAAGACAGAAAAUAUAAUGGGCAUAUAGAGAAUAAACCUCUGACUGUUCCCAAAGAUAUUGACCUACAUUUGGAAACAAAAACUGUUACAGAAGUUGACACUUUAGCACUGCAUUAUUUUCCGGAGUACCAGUGGUUGAUAGACUUCACCGUUGCAGCUACUGUGGUAUAUUUGAUAACAGAAGCGUACUACAGUCUAAUGGUUCCAUCGCAGGAGAUGAAUAUUAGUAUAGUCUGGUGUAUGCUUGUCCUGGCAUUUGCAAUAAAAGUGCUAUUCUCUCUGACAACCCAUUACUUUAAAGUUGAAGAUGGCGGGGAGAGAUCUGUGUGUAUUACAUUCGGAUUCUUUUUCUUUGUCAAAGCCAUGGCAAUCCUCAUUGUGACAGAGAACUAUUUGGAGUUCGGACUAGAGACUGGUUUUUCAAAUUUUUCAGAAAGUGCUGUUAAGUUUUUGAAAAAGCAAGGCUUAGACUCCCAAGGCCCAGUGUCCAAGCUGACGUUUAAGUUAUUACUGGCUGUGCUGUGUUCUCUGAUUGGUGCUUUCCUGACAUUCCCUGGCCUGCGUUUAGCUCAGAUGCAUCUUGAUGCCCUAAACCAAACAAGAGAUACACUGACACAGUUUUUGCUUCACAUAAACUUUUUAUCUCCUCUGUUAAUGGUGUUGCUGUGGGUGAAACCUAUAACAAAGGAUUACAUCUUGAAUCCACCACUGGGCAAGGAGAGUGUACCUCUAAUGACCGAGGAUGCCUUUGAUACGGUUCGACUUUGGAUCAUCAUUCUCCUAUGUGGAUUAAGGUUAAUUAUGAUGAGGUACCAUCUGCAGGCCUACUUAAAUUUGGCCCAAAAAUGUGUGGAUCAAAUGAAGAAAGAAGCUGGCAGGAUUAGUACUAUGGAACUACAGAAAAUGGUGGCUCGGGUGUUUUAUUACCUUUGUGUUAUUGCACUCCAGUACGUGGCACCUAUGGUGAUGCUGCUUCACACAACCCUACUUUUGAAGACACUAGGUAACCAUUCUUGGGGCAUCUACGACUCAAGUUCUCCAUUGGAGGCAACACAAGAAUCUAGCUCAGCAUUCUCUGAACUGCCAUGUCCUGAGGAGAAGAUGAAGGCAACGGUUACCCAAAUUACAAUCGCACUAGGGGGUUUAAAAAACAUUUUCACUCCUCUCCUCUUCCGGGGGCUCUUAUCCUUUCUUACAUGGUGGAUAGCAGCUUGCCUUUUCUCUACAAGUCUCUUUGGUUUGUUUUAUCAUCAGUAUUUAAUAGUGGCAUGAGCAACGUAACAAACCUAUGUACUAAAAAGGACCAAGGAUGAGACGACGAAGCUGCAACAACAAGAGCACAUGUUUCGGCAGCAUCACGUCUUGUUUCAAUGUUUCCCUCUGUAUUCUCAGGGUAAAUAUUGUAUCAUAUCACUGUCGUGAGCAUAAUUUUCAUUACCUCAGAAGAAGAUGACUUAACUGCUGACUCGAUCAUAGAUAUAGUGGGAUUUUAUGUUGUUUUAAUUGACUGGUAUGUACAACAGUCCUCUUACAAAAACAUCACCUUCAAUUAGCUGUUCUCUAACGUCUGUUCUUUUUUUCUCACCAUGUAUACUCAAGUUGAGUAUCCAAAUUAAUAUUUUAUUUUAUUUGUUUUUUGUUUCUUUGAUGGGAUUUUUUUGUUUGUCGUUUUAUUUUUAUUAUUUAGUUUCUAUAGAGAUCCGAGCCAUAUGAAGAAAGUUGAGGCUUGAAGAUGACUAAUAAAUUUAUUUCUGCUGGACCUGUCCAUUUUUAGUGACACAAGUUCCAGUGGGACAGAAUGUAUUGCUACUGUACAUUACAGUAAAUGUAUGUGAACAACUUUAUGGUAUCUGGUGACCUUUUAUUGUGCCUGAAGGGCGCGUGUGUUUGAGGGAGUAUAUCGAGUUAUAUAAUUCUUGUCCUAUACAAUCGUUUUUAAAUACUCGACCACAUAAACACUUAGCAAGUGUUGGUGCUAGUAGUGAUACACGUCUCUGUGUGUACACAUGGGGGAAGGGUUUUGGGAGUUGUGCUUGCAAAAAAUAAAAUGUACAAUUUUUACUAAACAUUCACUCCAAAAAGUAAAAAAAAAAAAAGUGUAAAUGAAAGUUUGUAGCGUCUGGUGUAAUAAAAAAAAAAAAGUGUAUAUAUAUAUAUAAUAUGAUUUGUUUCUGGAACAUUGAGAACUGUUACAUGCAAAAUAAGUAUAUAAAACAUUUGUCAUCCAACAUCUUAUUUAUUUUUUUCUUCCUCUUAAGGGGUAUUGUCCUUUACACGCUGCUGUAAAAUAUAUAUUUUUUAGAUACAAGUAUAUAUUUAUAUGCAAAUGUUUAAAAGAAAAGCUUUCUAUAAAUUACAAGUUGGUUUUUUUUUCUUCUCUCAAAUGCCAUUAUUCCACAUACCGACUGGGCACAGCCAUGUUUUAGAUCUACUUUAUUAAUCCUGUCAAUUGUUCACGCUGAUGGUAGGCAAUCCCUUACUUUGUGUGUUCUGUAACUCCCACCAUGUUCUGUGUGGUCUGUGGGAGGAGUUGAACUGUAACUCCCACCAUGUUCUAUGUAUGCAAGAACAGGAAUAAUGGAAAUAUAAUCAUGACAUGGGGAGACAUUUGUUGUCCUAAAGUGGUUAAACCCGGGUUUCUUAAGAUCUUGGGCCCCAGACUGUUCAGCUGUUAAAGCUUUUCUCAAGCUGGGUACACACAGGGUCGAGAUGUUGGUCGACCCGCCUCCACGCCGACAGAGCAGCAUAUACACUUACUGGUCGGCUGUUCGAUAUGUCCAUCUGGGUGGACAUUUGAAUAUGCCUUCCAACUGUGACGUCAGCCUUUGCAGUAAGAGCGGCCAUAGACACAACCAGAUGUGCCAAUAUACAAUAUCUGAACUUAUAUCAGCCAUUAGCUGUACUGCACAGUCGUCACGCUAUGUCUGUGAAUGAUGUAGUUCACAGGCAUAUCGUUUGCAUAAUCCCGCUGACCCACUAGCGAUAUAUCGUCCGUUUGCUCAAACAGAUUGUAUAUCUCCCAGUGUGUACCCAGCUAUCGAUUAGAACAGUUGGGUACUGCAGAUUUAUUAGUAAUCAGAGACCUUUUGAAGAAGAUGUAUGCAUGGCUGAGCUCAGGCAGAGUAGCACCUCUGGGUGUGCCAUAAUAUGUGGGAGUCGUAAUUUACCCAUGGAUGAUUAAAGACUACCUGACCAUGUGGUGUACUUGAAGACUGUAGCUAAAACACUGAUUUGAGGUGAUCAUUUAUAGGUAAAGGGGGAAUGUGAUUUAUUUUAAUUGCAAUCAGUUUAUCUUGAUUUUACGUGAGAUAAGUAACGUGAUUAGACUUAUUUAGCAGCAACAAAGGGAAAUCUCAUUAAAUGUGUUGACGUCAGAAAAAAGGAGUUUAGUCUCAAUGAAGCACAUUACUAAAGAAAACUUGUCUGAUGUCCUUUGUAUGCAUGUUGGCAACAAUUAUAAUAUACUUCUAUGCAUUAAAGAGGAGUUAAUCUGA